UUUUAUCAAACAUUUCCAAAUCUGUUUUUGCAUAAUGUUGUGGAAACAAGAAUCAAGAAAAGGAGGAUGCUUUGUGGUAGUGGGGUUAAGUGUACGGACGGUUAAUUAAGACUCUGAAUGCGGUCAAAGGACAAGACAGGGGAGCUCCCUCGUUUUAGAUCGCUGUUGUGUUGCUCACUACCACUCAUACUUGGAAUGAAAUCUCUUUGACACCUAAAUCCUUAAAUGACAACACUUUUGUCUUAGCCUCACUCACCUCCUCAGCACUCGCUCUGCUCAUUCAGCAGGUCGCCUGCCCUUGCUAUUUGGACAAGACAAAUCAGGGGUUUCCAAAUAAGUUAAACAUGAUAAAACGGUUUCCAAGUAGGAACAACCAGAGGUCCAAAGGCAUCAAGGUAAAGCAUGUUCUGCAAAUUGUUCUGUUGCUUGGUGUUUGCUUCUGGUUGAUCUACCAGGUUAAGCACAAUCAUGAUAAACAGAAUGAAUUUGCCAACGAUUCAAAACUGUCAGUCAGUACACAGACAGAUCUGAUCCUGAAACUUGGUAGGAGAGACCUUCAUCCAGGUAAGCAUGAAGAAAUUCAGAAUGAAAAACAUGAGGAGGAAGAGGAAGAUGAACAUAAUGAAGAGGAUGAAGAAAAUAAACAUGGCCAUGAAGAACAAGAAGAUGGAAACAAGCAUGAAACUGAGGAACGUGAAGAGUACAAGCAUGAAGGCAGAGAACAAGGGGACGAAGAAAAUAAGCAUGGAGCAGAAGACCAGGAGGAAGCUGAAAACGAAAAUGAAGAUGAAGGAAGAGGAGGAGGAGGAGACGAUGAUAUAGAUGAAAAUGAUCAAGAGAAAUCAGAGUUGGAUAAUACUGAUCGUGAUGAUGAGUUAUUGGAUGGAGAGCAAGAAAAAGAAGAGGUUGAUGAGAAGGAGAAUGAAAACGAGGAUGAUGAAAAGGAGAGUUUAGUUGAAAACCACAACAAUCAUGAGGCCCGGGAGGAACAUUACAAGGGGGAUGAUGCUUCUAGUGCUGUGGCUCAUGAUACUCAUGCAACUAGCACUGAAACUGAGACACUUAGUUUGGAAAACUCUGAUGUAAACUUAGAAAUGAAUAUUCCAAAACCUGAAAAUGAGACAACUUAUUCAGACGAAAGUGUCGGGAAGCAAAAUGAUUCAGAUUUGAAGGUUUCAGAAGGUGACAUGAUAGAUGGUAUUUCUUCAAACACAACUGCUGUUCAAGAGACUGGAAAUAACACUUUGUCCAACCCUGUGGAUGAUAGCUCAUUACUAAAUAAAACAACUGCAACAAACUCUGACAGUCACUUGGAAUCAAGCAGUAACCUGACAGUAGUGACCACUGAAGCAAGCAAUAACUUGACCGGAGCUGGUAAUGACACAUCAAGUUCAUCUGAACAAAAUAAAAAAGUGAUGUUAUCUGAAUCUGACCAAGCUCAAAGCAGCACGAUGAACACAACAAUCCCUGGAGAUAUAAAAAAUGUGCAGACAGAGGGAUUAGAGCAGAGUGGCAAUAGAACUUCAGAUGAAAACCUGCAUGAUACCAAUUCGACGAUCUCUGUUAAAACUGAAAAUGGAGGUGUGGAUGCAGGAGAAUCAUCUAAUCUAGUAGCUUCGAAUGUAACCGAGAACACUUACAGAAAUGAGAGGUCUGAAUCUGAUAUUUCUGAAAGUGGCAAGUUCAACGGUAACUCUGAAACAAGUGAAACAGAUGAAAAUCAGAAUGUUGAUGCCACAGAGGAUGAGAUGUUCAAAGGUGACACACUAACAGGUGAAACUGAUGAAACAUCAGACUCUUCCUCUGCCAACAAAACUAUGGAUUCAGCUGAACAAGAUGCAAUUGAUUCUUCUGAUACUCAUAUACACGAGGAUGUGGCUGAGGCUCUAACUGAUCUUGAUACACUACCAGAUAUCAGAAAUGAAGGAGAUGACAGUGACGAAACUGCUGCAGAGUAAAGUGGAAAGAAGGGCGUUGGGUUCUUGAAAAGGGCUCUUUCAGUUUUUCUCCUGACCCUGGUGUUUGCAUGGCAGAUCCACCUAGUUGUUAGAACCUGUUUGCUUGACUCAAAAAUUGUGUCAAGACAAGAUCUUUAAAGGGAAAAACAUAGUUUAGCGGAUAUUUUUAAUGAUUGUAUCAAGGUCUGGAUGUGUAAUUUAUUGUUACAUUCAACUGUCAACUACUUUUGUUCCCCAUAUUUUUGUGUGAACUUCUUGUUAUUUACUAUUUUCUACUCAGGUCUUUUUUUUACAUCUA